AUGGCGUCCCACGACAUGUCGGUGCCCGAAACCAAAGUGUUAGCCAUUGCCAGUCACGUCGUGUACGGAUAUGUGGGCAACACCAUGGCGACAUUUGUCAUGCAGACGCUCGGCUGCGAUGUCGGCGCCAUCAAUACCGUCCAGUUCAGCAAUCACACGGGGUAUCGACAAGUCAAAGGACGAAGGACUCCGGCCGCCGAGAUUCGCGAUCUGUACGAUGGUCUGAAACGAUCAUACUUGACCGACUUCGACGUCCUGCUGUCUGGAUAUGCACCGAGCGCCGAGGUGGUCGAGGCAGUUGGCCAGAUCGCGCGCGAUCUCCGCUACCGGGCGACCGUGCGACCAGGCCGGUUCUUUUGGAUCUUGGACCCCGUCAUGGGCGACCAGGGUCGGCUAUAUGUGGCCGAGGACAUUGUGCCCGCAUACAAGCAGCUAAUCCGCGAGGCUGAUCUCGUGGUCCCCAACCAGUUCGAGGCCGAAUUGUUGAGUGGAGUCAGUAUUUCUAGCUUGUCCGGCGUCGCCAAUGCCGUGCGCACAAUACACAAGGUGUAUGGUACCAGCCAUGUCGUUGUCACGAGUGUUCGGGUCGGCGAUGUCGAUGGUGUCGGCGAUGGAGAGGGGGAUGCAAAUGAGAAUAAGGGUGAGACCUUGACGGUCGUGGGGAGCAGCAAGACUCGCGACGGAGAUGCAAGACUUUUCAAGAUCCAGGUGCCCAAGCUUGACUGCUUCUUCAGCGGCACCGGUGACAUGUUUGCCGGUCUGCUGGUUGCACGGCUCCGCGAGGCUUGCGCAGAGAUGAACCUUCUCGACCGUGCUUCUUGGAUGCCCGACGACAGUGUCCAAGGCGUCGAUCUGCCCCUCGCCAGGGCCGUCGAGAAAGUCCUCAGCAGUAUGCAGAUGGUGCUCGAGAAGACCAUUGUCGCCAGAGACGAGGAGCUCAGGUCGUUUGGCAGGAGUCCCGGCGCAAGUGUCGGUGGUGUCGAGGGACAAGCGAACGAUGGCAGUGACAGCGAGGAAAAGAGGAGAUAUUUGGCCGAAACAAAGGCCGCAGAGGUCAGGGUCGUGCGGAACGCGAAGGAUCUCAUCCAUCCUGAGCCUAGAUAUAAGGCCCAGCCGGUGGAAGUGUGA